CGGCUCCCACUCUAUGAACAAGGACAGAAGAACAAAGGUCCCAAAACGGACAAAAAUACGUGAGAGCGAGUUUGAGAGAGUUUUUUUGGAAAUGAAGGUAGUGCAUCGGCUUCUCACGGUGGCUGUGGCCUGGUGGUUGCGACAAGGCGGCGCUCCCCCCUUGCCCAGACAGUGCGAAUACAAGUGUGGGGCCGUGGCCAUACCUUAUCCGUUCGGGCUCGAAACCAAUUGUGCGAGGUCCGAAAAGUUUUUGCUCAAUUGCAGCAACACCGAAGGUAGCGGUCUUCAACUUCAGUGGGGGAAUGUUACGAUACGUAGAAUCUCGGUCGGGGACUCGACCAUGGUCGUCAGCCACCCCGAAGCAUACCAGUGCUACGAUCAGAAUGGCAUGCCGUUGCUGGCAAACAAUAGCGGUCCUCUGAUCAUCGAUCUAUCUACGAAUCCUCGGUACAGAUUUUCGGACACCCAGAACAAGCUCACCGUCCUCGGCUGCGACAUCAUCGCGACCAUGGCCGAGAGCCAAGGGACGUUCGGGAGCGGUUGCAUCGCCUACUGCAGCGAAAACGAAACCGUCGACUUGGCCAAGGAGACCACUUGCUCCGGUCGAGGUUGCUGUCAAGCAUCCAUCCCAAAGGGGCUCCAGAAGCUCGACAUUAGAAUCAGCUUCGUGGGCGCCGUGUCGGCCUCGCGGAGCAACAGCUGCGCACUGGCCUUCGUGGCUGACAACAAGUCGUUCAACGUCUCAGGCCGGACUCUCCCGCGGUUUGAGGACGUGGGCAAGGGCGAGGAACUCGUUCUGGACUGGAUGGUCGAACCGGACGUGAAUUGUCAAAAGGCCGAGCAGAACAAGUCAAGCUAUGCCUGUGGUAAAAACACGAGUUGUGUGGACUUCGGGAAUGGACCGGGCUACCGCUGCGUUUGCAAGCCUGGGUACCAUGGGAAUCCCUAUGAUCCCAGAGAUGGGUGUAUAGACAUUGAUGAGUGCAAGGACCCCAAAACAUACCCAUGUCAUGGAAAGUGCAGGAAUACGCCCGGGAGCUACACAUGCGAUUGCGGACCAGGAAAGAGGCGCAGGGGUAAAGACCGUUGCCAAGUUUCUCGUUUGGGCAUAGCUUUUGGAGCAAUGGCUGUGUCCGUCUUUGGCUUAACUGUUACUGCUUCAGUCUCGCUCACGAUGAGAUGGAAACUCAGAAAGAUCAACUUCAGACGAAAUGGAGGAGAGAUCUUGGAGAUCUUGGAACAACAGGGGGCUCAAAUCUUUCCGGAGGCAAAGUUGGUAGAAGCAACCAACAACUAUGAUGAUAGCAAUAAGCUCAGAGAUGACGAUUUCGGUUCCGUCCAUAGAGGGAACAUAGCGGGGGACGACAUAGUCGUGGUCAGGAAGCCUAAAGAUGCGCACAAGUCUCGAAUAAAGAGGGAUUUCCAGCGUGAACUUGAAUUUCUGAUGAAAAGAAGCCACAAAAAUGUGGUGAAGCUCAAAGGCAUAUGCUUAGAGACCAGAAUACCAUUGUUGGUUUAUGAAUACAUUCCGAAUGGCACCCUCUUCGAACACAUCCAUCAAGAUGAGUCGACCAUCUUAAAAUCGUGGGAAGAUCGCUUCAAAAUAGCCGCUGAAGCUGCUCUUGCACUCAGUUAUAUGCAUUCCAGCAUAAAACCCCCUAUCGUUCAUGGCAACAUCAAGUCGGCAAACAUACUUCUGGAUCAAAACGAUUUAGAUCAAAGCUACUCGGCAAAAGUGUCUGAUGUUGGAACUUCGGUACUCAUCUCACCAAAGCACAAAUAUAUCGUAGCCACUCAAAAGCAAGACUCGUUGGGCUACAUCGAUCCGGAAUAUCUAAUCACUCGUAUCCUAACAACUGAGAGUGAUGUAUACAGCUUUGGAGUUAUCCUUGUGGAGUUGCUCACGGGAAAGGAACUUUUUGAUACUAAGUCCGGAGGGUCGAUCAAUAUGAUCCACCAUUUCAUCUCUUCCGUGAAGGGCAACGAACUCUCCGAUGUCAUAGACUUCAAGGGCGCUAGUGACGAUGAGAUGGAGAGGGUAGAAAAGGUUGCUAAGAUUGCAGUGGAGUGCUUGGACCAAAGACGCACGAACAGGCCGGCAAUGAGGGAAGUGGCUUGGCGACUGGCCGUUAUCCACCGGGGCUCAGCAGCUGAAGAAGUUGAAGAAAACAUUGAAGAGAUUUGGGAUGCAGAAAAACCCUACCCCCGCGAGACUUCGGCUCCUGGCGACGAGUGCGAACAGUGCAUGUCAAGCUGUCUUUCCUGUCUGGGAAUGGAUUAAGCGUGUGCCUGAAUCUGAUCCUUUAUCACCAUAGUGACAUGUCUAUCAAUUGUCCAUAAGGACUUCUAGGGUUUGAACAUUUGUGAAUCUGUGUUAUGUCUCCGUUUGCUUUGGACUUAUAUAUUUGUGGAAGCAUGUUGCUAAUAAAGCCGUGCAUUGAAGUAAA